GUCGGCGGCCACCUCGCCGCGACAACCAACUCGCCAAAAUAUCGAACGCCCCCUCGCAAUAUCGAAGGUGGCAAAGAUCUUGAAACGAACCACGAUCUCGCGGCUUCAUAAUCUCUGUGGAGUCAGCACAGCAACGACCAGCGCGACCGCCACGAUCGAUGACCUACCACGCCCAUCCGACCAUGGAGCCACAGUCGCCACCAGACUUUAUCACCCGCCUCGACGGCCCACACCACCGCGUCCUCACACGACGCAUCUUGCAGCAUGCCUCGAUCCGUGUCACGGACAGUGAUGAUUGUUUCCGCUCGAUUGUCGCGGAUGAAGUCGACAUGGCGUUCCCGACGACGCCGACACGGAAUACCAAGCGGCCUCGAGACGAUCCACCGCCUCUGCGUCCUCGUCACUCAAUCAGACUGUCGCCGCGACGAGCAGACCCAGUGGCGAGUUCGUGCGGUCUGUUUUGGGACCAAUUUACGGACGAUCCCAGUAGCAGUGAUGUCGCGAUGUCCCUGAAGGCACAUGAGGAGGCAUGGCAGGCCCUCCAGCGAAGGCAGCAACAGGGUUGACGCGACCACUGCAGUUAGGCUCAAGAGUUAUUUAAUUAAGUUAUGGGAACAACACUGAUGGAUCGGCUGCGCCAAGGGCACUGUGACGUUUGGUGCAAC